ACUGACAGACAAGCUGGACAAGAGUAACAUUGACUCCCUUUCACGGUCGUCUCUUUAUAGGUGCGGAAAGAGUUGUUGUGUAUGGAGCAGAUCUAAUAAAACAGGUUUUAGUCACAAACUCAUAUAAAUUCGAUCGAUCGACGUUUAUAAAGAGUCUAGUUCCUGGAUCUGGUAAUGGACUGUUUGCGUCGAAUGGUAAAGAUCACGCAAGACAGCGAAAGAUGAUUAAUCCAGCUUUUAAUAUUGCAAAUCUACGKACAUUUGUGCCUGCAUUUGUUGAUUGUACAUGUGACCUUGUGAAGCUUUGGUCUGAWAAAAUAAAAGACUYCCCAGUURUAGAAAUCGAACCUGAUCUAUGUCAUCUUGCUCUAGACGUCAUUGGAAAGACGUCUUUCGGUUAUUCCUUCAACAGAGUAUUGGGAAGCGAAACGAAAAUAUCAGAAUCUUUCAGAGCUUUACUUAGCUGUGGUAACCUAGGCCAUUUGAUGCGAACUCGCUUUAUUCCAUUCUACAAGCAUUUGCCUUUGCCGGACAACUUAGCCAUCAAGAGAUCACUUCAACUCGUUAAUGAUACCGUUUUCAAAGUCAUUAAGGAACGGCGCAUGCUCCGAGAGCAAGGUAAAGCAGCUGACCACAAGGAUCUGCUUAACUUAUUACUUGAAAUGUAUGAUGAAGAGACUGGCGCUGGUUUUGAUGACGAAGAACUGCGGGCUCAAGUGUUUACGUUCAUGUUUGCGGGACACGAAACAACGAGUAUUUCCUUAGCGUGGACGUUGUAUGAAUUGGCUAAAAAACCCGAAAUACAGGACAAAAUACGACAAGAAAUCAAGGACGUCCUCACAGAAGACGAAGAGUUGAAUUGGACCAAACUGGAAAAGCUUGAAUACCUUAGUUGCGUUAUCAAGGAAUCCCUUCGUCUUCAUUGUCCACCGUCAGACCUCCUGAGAGAAACUAACCAGGACGUUAAUCUUGGUGGGUAUGAGAUACCAAAAGGAACGGUCAUACUUUUACCCAUUGAUGCCAUACACUUAUCACCUAACAAUUGGAAGAACCCCUUGGAAUUUAUUCCUGAAAGGUUUAUGAAAAAUGAAAAUACCACCCAGAGUCAAUACUCCUUUUUUCCUUUCUCGAUUGGACCUCGCUUUUGUAUUGGUUACAAGUUUGCCAUGGCAGAGAUGAAGACCGUUUUGUUGUCUUUGAUGAAGAAAUUCAUGUUCAGCGCAGUUCCUGGAAUUGAAGUCAAAAGUAAAAUGACACUGAUGACCAGACCCGAUCCUCCUGUGAAAGUUCAAAUAGAUUUGCUGGACAAAAACACUUAAACUCUUUAUUUUAAGAGAGUAGCACGUUAUAGUGUCUGUGCUAGUAAACGUUUGUCGCUCUAUAUAA